CUGAGUGCUGUCCUGAGCCAAUGGCAGUCUGACUGGGAGGAGAGAGGCUGAUCUCAGGGCGAUUGGGGGGGAGGUGUUUCCGUCUAAUGUGAAAGUGAAAGCAGCAGAGAGCCACAGGCUGCCCAGCACAGAGACCGCUCCUCAACGUUAAGUGUGCAGGGAGAGAGCAACCGCCACCCUCACACCUACCCCACGGCCACGGUGAAGGGAACCAAAAGCCCUGCGGGGUGAGUGGGGGGAGAAGGUCCCUGUUCUGAGCUGCGGAGUUUCCCAGAGGUGCCUGAAGUUGUCCUCUGGUGACCAUGCCGAGACCCAGCCACAGUGACUAUGUCCUACAGCAGCUUAACAGCCAGCGGGAAUGGGGCUUCCUGUGUGACUGCUGCAUCAUCGUGAACGAUAUCUACUUCCGGGCCCACCGUGCGGUGCUGACCGCCUGCAGCUCCUACUUCCGCAUGAUGUUCAUCAGCCAACAGCACUUGACUGGCAACCUGAGCCUCAGCAACAUGAACAUCAGCCCCGAGUGCUUCGAUCUCAUCCUGCAGCUAAUGUACUUGGGCAAAGUCAUUGGUGUCCCCUCGGACUUCGAGGAACUGCGGACCGCCAUGACCUUCCUGCAGCUCUACUACAUCCCAAAGAGCUUGGAGGAGAUCCAGGAUGCCAACAGCAAGCUGGCCGAGACGUCGCCCUUGGCCUUUGCCCACACCCGGGGCUCCAUGAUCUUUGGUGUCCGCAUGUAUGACGACCCGCAGGUCAAGAACGAAGAUGUAAGGAAGAGGAGCCGGCUGGCCACCGAGGAGCUGAAUGGGGGUCGGGACGGGAGCCUAGAGGUUCCCCACGUCUCUGGCCUGGACCGGCUCCCGUCCCGGUUGCCCCCCAGCCCCCCUCGCAAACAGGGCAAGGCGGGCCUGAAGAGCCGACUCCACCAUCACCACCAUCGCUUCGGCAAGAAGUACACGUGUGACUGCUGCGGCUUCGUCUUCAGCUGUGAGAAGUUGUUGAGCGAGCACGCGGUGACCUGCAGCAGCGGGCGUAACCCCCCUCCGCUGGGGGGCAUGGGCACGGAGCGGGGGCUGGGCUCUGGUCUGGGGCUGGGCUCCAGCCUGGGGUUGGGGCCAGCACCAGGGCCUGACGGCAGUGAGGAGAGCAGCUCUGACCGAGCGGAGGGGCCGGUAGACACCGGCCGUCCCGCGGACAGACAGGACUCCCCGGGGAUGCAGACAGAGGACAGCUCGGAGGCAGACGCAGACGCCAAAGGGGAUUUCCGAGACUCGGCCACCAACACCAAGCUGAUGAACACCAAACUGAUCAAAACCGAGCCUGAUGACACAGCGGCUACGGACCUGCGGGACAUCAAGGUGGUGCAGAUCAUGGACAACGGGGACCUGGCGUCCGAUGAGGAGAAGGAAGACUGUCUGGAGACCAUCACCAACGGCCCCCAGGGGGCGACCAUCAGUGACCAGGGCACCUAUCACAGGGACCGUAGGCUGGACGUGCCAUCGAGCUGGGCGCUGGAGGACAAGGAGGAGGACGAGGACUUUGAUCGGGUGUUGAAGAUCGAGCCUCGGGAGCAUAGCCCUGGGAGCGGGGAGGGGGGCAGCCCCUUGGGUUACGUGUGUGAGCUGUGCGGGGUCACCCUGCCCGAGGGCGACCACUUGGCCCAUUACAUCUCCAGCCACGUAGAGAGUGUGUGCGCGUGUGGCAAGUGCGGCCGAGUCCUCAUCAAGGGCAAGCAGCUGAUGGAGCACGCCGAGCGCUGCGCGGGGGGGUCCGGGGAACCCGCCGACUACGGCUCCUGGGUCCCGGACGAGGCGGGGACCAUGGAGGUGGAGCCGGUGCCCAAGAAUGGAGCCGGGCUGACGGAGUUCGGAGUCUACGUGUGUCAGGUGUGCGGCUGCAGCUUCAAGCUGCGCCUCCACCUGCAGGAGCACAUGCUACAGCACACGGCUCGCAGCUUCCAGUGUCUGCAGUGUGGCCGGGCCUUCGGCCAGGAGAAGCUGUGGGUGGAGCACAUCGCUCAGUGCAUGUUCAGCCAGGCCACGCAGGAGGCGGCCGACAGGAACGACCGGCGCAAGCACAUCUGUAACAUCUGCGGCAAAGGCUUCUACCAGCGCUGCCACCUCCGGGAGCACUUCACCACCCACACCAAGGAGAAGGAGUUUGUGUGCCAGAUCUGCGGGAAGGAGUUCCUGCGCGAGAGGCUGCUGCGCUUGCACAUCGACAUGCACCGAGGGGACGCCCGCUACGUCUGUCCAAACUGUAACCAGGGCAGCUACCGCAAGCACGACCACCUGCGGCACAUGGUGUCACACCUGGCCGCCGGAGAGGUGAUCUGCGACGUGUGCUUCCAGAUCUUUGCCAGCGGAGAUCUGCUGGAGAGGCACAUGGACCUGCACCUCCACUCGUGCUCCCUGUGUGGGGACAAGUUCAAGCUCAAGAAGGACUUGACUCUCCACCACAUCUCCAGCCACACCAAGAAAGUCUGACCCAAUCUGCGUGUUUUGUCGCAGAAGAAAAGAGGAGAGAGAGGAAAAGAGUUUUAUAUCUGAAAAACUUUUUUAGGGAUGCUCUGCCGAUUAGGGUGGAAACUUCUCUGGUUUGUGUCAACUCUCCUAUUACCUUCCUCCCCAGCCCCCGCCCUCUUCUUUGCGCUAAGGCGCUAUAUCAAAUGCAAGGAUUAUUAUUGUAUUAUUAUUGCUCACCCCCCCCCCCACCCACGCUUGCCUUCUCCCAUUGCUUCCCACCCCCCCGCCACUCGCCAUUCUUCCCCUCUUGCUCCCCUUGUGCCCCCACGUGGAGUGGGGGGGUGGGUGGGGGUAAGCCAGAGGAAACGGGUGCACACACCAGUUAUGUUUUAAGCAUCUCAUUCAAUCAGAUGGGGCCUGGUCCAAUUAAAAUGGCUUUAAUUCAUAUUUUAACACCCAGGCUUCGCAAUCCAGGGUACCUGAUCCCAGGGAGUGUUUCGUUACAGCCAAUCAGUCUGGGUUUACACAGUAAAAUAGUUUCUUUUUAAUUUUGUUUUAAAAACAAAAAUCAUGGUUUUACAAUUCUCUCAGCAUUUCAGUGCUCCGUUCAACUUCGUCAUCCUUCAGCUGAAAGUGUGCCGUGGGUCGUUUGCUAUUUUUGGCUUGCAAGUGGAAAAUGUUAUUUUGGUGAUGGGGUGGGGGGGGGCGUGAGGGUGAGUAGGAGUGCACAGAACCGGGGGCAGAAAUGAUUGUUGUGACCCAUCUAGUCGGCCCUGAAUAAUCUUCCCAUAUUGCUGUGUGGCUCACACCCCUCGAGCAGAUCAGUUCCUCCCCCACAUGGCUAUCCAGUUCCUGAAUUUGCUGACCCCAUCAGUCUCUGCCGUUGCUCUGGAUUGUCCAUUCCAAAACCUCGCUUCUCACUCUCUGUGGAAAGGUCUGAACUCUCUGCUCGCCUCUCAAGCCUGUGCCCCUCGCCACAGUUUGUUAAACUUAUUGAAAGAGUUUGUUUUAUCGAUGCCUUUACAAUCUUAAACACUUCAAUAUGCUCUUAGAAAUAUGUCCACACACUGAGCAGGAGGUGAGGUGAGGAAGGGUUGGUGGACUGAGCUGAAACAGUUAACUCGGUGUGAGUGUCGCUUCAUUCAUUAAACACGACUUGUGCCUUCAGAGAAUGUACUGUGCUACAUUGGUGAUCGACAUC